UUCCGGUCUGUUACCCCGAGGGCGGGCCUAGCCUCCUGCGUACGGCCUGGGUAACCGGUCUCGGUUUUACACUAUUAACCCAUUCCCGGGUCAGGGAAAGCAGGAGGCCCGAGGGGUUUAAACCGGAGAAUGGGAACCUGAUCCGGUAGGAACUGCAGAUGCUGGAGAAUCUGAGAUAACAAGGUGUAAAGCUGGAUGAACACAGCAGGCCAAACAGCAUCAGAGGAGCAGGAAGGCUGACGUUUCGGGCCUAGACCCUUCUUCCGAAAUGCUUUGCCAAAUUGGGAAGGCCUGAAUGUGGACUGUAGUCCAUUGGGGAUGAUCUGGUUCCGUAGGGCAUGUGGGCGAAGUUGUCAGGCAGCCUGGAAGUUACCUGAUCUGUCUUGUUCUGACAUCAAUACUAUGUGAGCCUGACAAUGUAUUGUAAAAGCUGGCUGCUCGUGAGAACAAAAUUCGAAAGAAGAAGGUUCAAUAUUACUUUCUCAUGACAACUAAGGAUUUGAAACUGUGAUUCAUGGCAUCUUAUAAAACUGAGAAAAACUGGACUGAUCUACAGGAAAGUUUGAAUCGUGUUCGACAGCAGCUUGGUUUGAUUCCACGGGCAGAAUGGGGUAACCUUGUGCCUAGUGAUCCUCCGCUUCGUGUCCAUUUAACCAGUCAGCGUGACAGACGGAUGGUGCACUCCCCAUCGAACCUGCCCAGGCUCCACACCGAUCUCAGACGGAUUUCCCACCUAAUGGUCCCUCCACUGUUCACUGGAAAGCCCAAUGACAACAAAGAAACUCUGAGGAAGCAGCCACUCGGUCAACGAAAACCUUCCAGUGUUCCAGAUGCUGCCACGAUUCUUUCCUCUGAUCUCCCAUUGGAGAACGGUUCCUCAAUGAGACAACAAGAACAUAAAGGCAAUAAGAAGGGGUCAGCAGGAACUGGGGGCCAUAGCUCAGGGUUUCAGGAACAUCCAACAUCCAGUUUCAUCAGGGAAGGCCAUUCGUUUGCCUGGAACUUUGUCAAUUCAUUCAUUUUGGAGAUGCUUCAAGAUGAGUUGGUGCCUGAUAUCUUGAUGGAGGUGCUGUCAGAUGAUGCCACUAAGUGUGCUCCUGCGUAUUCACCAACUGGGAAGAAUUUCGACAUCAAGGGUAAGCUACCAGUCUUGUUAUAUGUUCAGAGGAGAGCUACUGGAUCGAAGUAAAGCCAAGAAGUGUUGGAGAAACUCACCAGGUUUGACAGCAGUCAUGGAGAGAGUGACCUUCUGGGUCUAACAUGAUUCUUCUUCAAGACAGAUUGGACUAAUAUUUAGUUUGAGAGCUCUCCUCUUACUGAAAUCGGCUUUUAUCUGAGAAAAACAUGGACAUUGCAUGAAUUUGAUUUAACACUUUCUAAAGUAUACUCAUCAGUAAAGUGAUUGAAUGUGUCAUCAACAGCGCUAUCAAGCAGCACCCACUCAGCAAUAACCUGCUCAGUGACGCCCAGUUUGGGUUCUGCCAGGGCCAUUCAGCUCCUGACCUCAUUACAGCCUUGGUUCAAACAUGGACAAAGAGCUGAAUUCUAGAGUGAGGUGAGAGUGACAGUCCUUAAAAUCAAGGCUGCAUUCAAAUGAGUGUGGCAUCAAGGCCCCUGAGCAAAACUGGAAUCAAUGGGUAUUAGGGGGGCAAACUAUCUGGUGGUUGGAGUCAUACCUGACACAUAGGAAGAUGGUUGUGGUUGUGGGAGGUCAAUCAUCUCAGCUCCUGGACAUCUCUGCAGGAGUUCCUCUGGGUAGUGUCCUCAGCCCAACAAUCUUCAGCUGCUUCAUUAAUGACCUUCCGUCCCUCAUAAGGUCAGAAGUGGGGAUGUUCGCCAAUGAUUGCACAAUGUUCAGCACCAUGCACGACUCCUCACACUGAAGCAGUCGAUGUUCACAUGCAACAAAAUCUGGAUAAUAAUCCGUGUCCAAAUGCAAGAAGAUCUGGACAAUAUCCAGGCUUGGGCUGACAAGUGGCAAGUGACAUUGGCGCCACACAAAUGCCAGGCUAUGAUCAUCACCAAUAAGAGACGACCUAACCACUGCUCCUUGACAUUCAAUGCUGUUACCAUCACUGACUUCCCCACUAUCAACAUCCUGGGAUUAUCAUUAACCAGAAACUCCGCUGGACUCGCCACAUAAACACAGUGGCUACAAGAGCAGAUCAGAGUCUAGGACUGAAGCGGCGAGUAACUCACCUCCUGACUCCUGGAAGCCUGUCUACCAUCUGCAAGGCACAAGUCAGGAGUGUGAUGGAAUACUCCCUAUCUGCUUAGAUGAAUGUGGCCCCAACAACACUCAAGAAGUUUGACACCAUCCAGGACAAAGCAGCCCUCGCUUGAUUGGUACCACAUUUACAAGCACCCACCACCAACGCUCAGUAACAGCAGUGUGUACUAUCUACAAGAUGCUCUGCAGAAAUUCACCAAAGAUCCUCAGACAGUACCUUCCAAACCCACAACCACUUCCAUCUAGAAGGACAAGGGCAGCAGGUACAUGGGAACACCACCACCUCCAAAUUCCCCUCCAAGCCACUCACCAUCCUGAAUUGGAAAUAUAUCGCCAUUCCUUCACUGUUGCUGGGUCAAAAUCCUGGAAUUCCCUCCCUAAUGUCAUUGUGGGUCAAUCCACAGUAGGUGGACUGCAGCGGUUCAAGAAGGCAGCUCACCACUACCUUCUCAAGGGCAAUUAGGGAUGGGCAAUAAAUGCUGGCCCCAGCCAGUGACACCCACAUUCCACAAAUGAAUAGGAAAAAAAAAUGGAAAAUGUUAAUCCAAAUGAAAGGCAGUGAGCAGAAAGAUUAGCAAGGAAUGGCACACAUACAGAAUGUAAAUGUAGGGCCAGGUUAGAUACUGUAGGUUUCUUUUUGCAGAGAAGCAUCAGCCUUUGGAAUGAUGUGACAGCAGACAUCUAUAAAUAAACAUUUGUGAUUGUUGGCCAGUUACUGUAAUGAGCAGAAGUUUGCCUGGUGACCCUGGGAGAAGCGGGGGUCAGUUAAAUUGUGGAAAUCGAAUAAAGCAGCACAGGUACAAACA